CAAGGGUGAGAGGUUUUUAACAUUUUCCUUUUUUUAGGAGGGAAGGAGUGUAAUGGAUUGGCAUACGUGGUGGGGACAUUCAUUCCCAACCCCACAACUUUUCUCCCCUUCUCUCACUCACAUCACCCCCACCAUCUCCAUUCAAUCAUCAUCCUCAUCUUGUUUAAUUACCUCUGUAUUUCCCCUAAAUAAAGAUGGCGCCCAUCUCCAUCUUCUUCUUCUUCUGCUGCCUCGCUAACCUUCCCUUAUUAACCUUUUCCCGGACUCCGGACGUCCCUAAAGCCCCUCCAGGUUUCCUCUUAAACUGCGGCGGAAAUGAGGAGGUGGAGCAGCGGUCUCUCACCUACAUCCCCGACGACCCGUUCGUCUCCGCCGGCAACAAAUCGGCGGUCAAGCUGCCCCACGUUCUUCCCACCCUGACCACCGUCCGUUAUUUCCCGGGGAACAAGGCGAGGAAGCACUGCUACACGCUGCCCGUGGUCAAGGGGAAGAAACUCUCGGUCAAGACGGUGUAUUACUACGGCGGGUUCGACGGCGGGAAAGAGCCGCCGGUGUUCGACCAGAUCAUCGACGGGACGAAGUGGUUCGUGGUGGACACGAGGGCGGAUUACGCGCAGGGACUGAGCUCUUAUUACGAGGCAAUCGUCACGGCCCACGGGAUGGAGCUGAGCGUCUGCCUUGCCCGGAACGAGCACACGGCGGAUUCCGGCAGCCCUUUCAUCUCCGCCGUCGAGGUGGUGUAUCUCGACGACGCCCUCUACAACUCCACCGAUUUCCAGAAAUUCGGUUUGGCCAGCCUCGCCCGACACAGUUUUGGGUCGGAUGCGGAUCUGAUCGGGUACCCGGAGGAUCCAUAUAACCGGUUAUGGCAACCAUUCAUGGACCAUAAUCCAUCGGUGUUGAGCCACUCCCAAGUGGGGCCGGCGGCGUUUUGGAACGCGCCGCCCAAGGAAAUAUUCACGACAGCGUUGACAACCAGCAGAGGGAAGACGCUCACGGUCCACUGGCCGCCGUUUCCUCUCCCCAAUACAUAUUACUACAUUGCCCUCUACUUCCAGGACAAUCGAACCCCGAGCCCGUAUAGUUGGAGGACAUUCGAUGUCCAAUUGAACGGAAAGACAUUCUACGCCAAGCUCAACGUUACUACUGACGGUGUCACUGCUUACUCUGCAGCUUGGCCUCUCUCGGGCCAAACCCAAAUCUCCUUGAUCCCAAAUGAAGGUAUUCCGGUCGGGCCUGUGAUCAAUGCUGGGGAAAUUUUUCAACUUAUGCCUCUAGGAGGGAAGACCCUCACCAGAGAUGUGGCAGCAUUGGAGGAAUUGCAGAAGAGCUUGAAGAAUGCACCUGAGGAUUGGAAUGGGGAUCCCUGCCAACCGAAAGAAAACGGAUGGACGGGUAUCGGGUGCAGUAAGGGGAAAUCAUUCCGAGUAGUCUCCUUGAACUUGAGUGGUUUUGGACUGAGCGGAACGCUAUCUCCAAGCAUAUCGAAAUUGACUGCAUUGUCUUAUAUUUGGCUGGGAGACAACAAGCUCUCGGGUGCAUUGCCCGAUAUGAGUCCAUUGAAGGCACUUCAAUCUCUGCAUUUAGAGAACAACCAGUUUGAAGGAGCCAUCCCAGAUUCACUUGGCCAGCUACCGAAACUCGGAGAAGUGUUUCUCCAGAACAACAAGUUGAGCGGAGAAAUCCCGGAGAGUUUGAGGAACAACAAGAACAUAAACCUCGAGGUUUCCGGGAAUCAACUGUCGGGCUAAGAACGAAGUGGAGGGACGACAUUUCAACCGAUACAAGAGAUCGAAGAAGAUAUAAGAGAUCGAUGAGCGUGGGUGAAGAAACGUGAGAGUGAAAAAUGUGUGGUUCUUGGAUUGCAUGAAUGGGUAAUGUGAAAGGGGGGGGGGAUCACAAUCCUAUAAAUAUUAAUUGGAUCAGUAAAGAAGUUCUUCAAUG